UAAAAUACUACAUUUAAUGGCAUCUACCACUUCCAUUAAACAUUCUUCUAUAAGAACACUUUUCUCCUAUCAUCUCAUUACUUACGUUUUCUUGCUGCUCUCAGAAUAGACCGUAAAGGUUUUAAGGAGCAGGCAGGUGUAUCCUUCAUGCAAUAACCUAACUUUGGUUAGUUCUGCUACACUAACAAUGCAAGAUCCAUCAGUCCAGGUUUUUGUCCUGUUUUUCACCUCUCUGAUUCCAGUUCGCAGCCAGAAUUUGGCAUGUAGUGUGUAUCCAAUGAAUACUGGUUGCUUGAAUAAAAAUGAAUGGAUAUGGAUUUUUAUUUAUCCUUCUUCUUCACCCAAAGUUCUUUAAGCCUCUCCUAAAUGUCAGGUCUAGGUUGGAAAAUGGAAUAUAAGUAGUCAUAGGUGAUAAAAAAAAAAAAAAAAAAAAAGCCCAGCCUCUCAGGCUACAAGUGCAGAGACCAGUCAAACUCUUUUGCUUGGCGUGCAUGGCUCGGGUCAGGGGUAAACAAGGUUCUAUCUGUUAUAUUACGGCAAAGACUGCUUUUCAAUAGAGUAUGUUACUGAACUCUGAAGGUACUCAAGAAACCCCUAGUCUUCACCAAGGGACCUUGGAGCCUUCCAUUGCCAUCUCCAUCCCAGUUGGUCUCUGCUCAGGGAAGAGGGAUAUCUGAAUGGAGAAAGGGCCACUGUUACCAUAAGAGAAAGCAGCUCUCCACAACGCACUGGUCCAACUGGAAAACCCAGCUAUGUCCAAGUUCUGGCCAAAACUAGUUUGGCAGCAGCUCUGGGGGAAUGUUUCUGCCUGACUGACCCUACGCACGGUGGUGCCAACAGUUUUGGGGAAAAAAAAAAGAAAGAAAAAGAGGAAGAAAGAAAGAAAAGGAGGAGAAGAAGAAGAGGAAAGAAAAGAAAAAGGGAAACAGGAGGGGAAGGACUAAAAGAGUUGAAGAGGUUGGCUACAUCGGAAACACUCCAAAGUUCUGCUUCUUGGAAGCGCAAGUUUACACUUUAAGAUUCAACAAGCCUCGCCGGUCCGCCAGUCCGCCAACCAACCUCCCGGCCUUCAUUCCCUCACACACCCUCUUCCUGGCAAUACGUUUUUGUUGUAUUACAAUUUUUUUUUUUUAUUGCAAUUGUUGAAGCUAUACCAUCCUGGCCACAGCGCGAAUUUCAGUCAGUGUUUCGCGCUCUCCCCUUGCAAUGCUAUUAUUAGUAUCAUUAGUAUUAUUAAUUGCAAUUGAAUCUCUCCGCUCUUUCUCUUCCCUACUUGAAUCGCACUCCGGCUGUGAUUGCUCGGGUCUGACUUUGCAAGUGGCGGUGCGCUUCCAAACCCCCUCGUCCGCCCCUCGCCCCCCUUUCUCCCCUCCCUCCCUUUUCCGUGCCCAGGCAAGAGCAGCCGAUUGGCAGAGCGGUGCUUUCAGGAACAAUAACAGUGGGGGGAGCCCGGGUCCCGGGGUGCCGCGCCCCCCCAGCCCGGCUCCCCUGCACGGUCCGUGCCCCCAGCGGGGUGCUCACCUCUGCGCCCGCCCCGCGGGCUGACCGAGCGGACCGGGCCCGCCCCCGCGCCCACCAUGUACGCCUUUGUGCGGUUCCUGGAGGACAACGUCUGCUACGCGCUGCCGGUGUCUUGCGUGCGCGACUUCAGUCCCCGCUCACGGCUGGAUUUUGACAACCAGAAGGUGUACGCUGUGUACCGGGGCCCUGAGGAGCUGGGCACCGGGCUCGAGAGCCCCCCGCGCGCCCCGCGCGACUGGGGCGCGCUGUUGCUCCACAAGGCCCAGAUCCUGGCGCUGGCAGAAGACAAAUCUGACCUUGAAAACAGUGUGAUGCAGAAGAAAAUAAAAAUCCCUAAACUUUCUCUCAAUCAUAUAGAAGAAGAUGGAGAGAUUAAAGAUUAUGGGGAAGAAGAUUUACAGCUUAGACACAUCAAGAGACCCGAGGGGCGGAAGCCGAGCGAAGUGGCACACAAGAGCAUUGAGGCAGUGGUGGCUCGGCUGGAGAAACAGAACGGCCUGAGCGUGGGCCACAGCACCUGUCCGGAAGAGGUCUUCGUGGAGGCCUCACCGGGCAUGGAGGACAUGGACAGUCUGGAGGAUGCCGUUGUGCCCAGGGCUCUGUAUGAGGAACUGCUGCGUAACUACCAGCAGCAACAGGAGGAGAUGCGCCACCUCCAGCAGGAGCUGGAGCGGACUCGGAGGCAGCUGGUGCAGCAGGCUAAGAAGCUGAAAGAGUAUGGGGCACUCGUGUCUGAAAUGAAGGAGCUCCGCGACCUCAAUCGGAGGCUCCAGGACGUGCUCCUCCUGCGACUUGGCAGUGGUCCUGCCAUUGACUUGGAAAAAGUAAAGUCAGAAUGUCUCGACCCUGAGCCGGAGUUACGGAGCACUUUCAGUGAGGAAGCAAAUACGUCGUCCUAUUACCCUGCUCCUGCGCCUGUCAUGGACAAGUAUAUCCUAGACAAUGGCAAGGUCCAUCUGGGAAGCGGGAUUUGGGUUGAUGAGGAGAAAUGGCACCAGCUGCAAGUAACCCAAGGCGAUUCCAAGUACACAAAGAACUUGGCAGUCAUGAUUUGGGGAACAGAUGUUUUGAAAAACAGAAGCGUCACAGGAGUUGCCACAAAAAAAAAGAAGGAUGCAGUCCCGAAGCCACCCCUCUCACCUCACAAACUAAGCAUCGUCAGAGAGUGUUUGUAUGACAGAAUAGCACAAGAAACUGUGGAUGAAACUGAAAUUGCACAGAGACUCUCCAAAGUCAACAAGUACAUCUGUGAAAAGAUCAUGGAUAUCAAUAAGUCUUGUAAAAAUGAAGAACGAAGGGAAGCGAAAUACAAUUUGCAAUAAACUUUGGAUUUUUCAUAAA